AAAAUCUCGACGUAGUCUACUAAAAAAAAAAAACAAAAAAACAAAAACUACAGGAUUUAGCGGAACGAAGCUGAGGUUGAGCAGCUUUGAGUUGAUGUUGAGAUUGAGUAUCUGCUGGCGCUAUGCUGCUUGUAUAUACAUACAUAUCUCAACAAUCGUGAUACUCGUUUAAAUAAAACGGAAGCUCGAGGAACUGCGUAAAAAUAAUGAAAAUACGAAAAAGAAAAUGCAACCAGUUUGGAGAAACAGCGCUCGAGCUAGGCAAUAAAACCUACAACUGUAAGUAAGAUAAAGUGAAGUGAGCUGAGGAGCAACCGCACCAACGAGCCAACAAGCCAACAAGCCAGCCAACCAACGAAUCAACCAACCUAUCAGCCAGUCAACCAGUCACUUAGUCACUUAGUCAGCUAGUCAUUUAGUGUGUGUGUCAGUUGGUGAGAGGAAACCAUCAGUCAGCGUCAUCGUCGUCUUCGACGUCGUCAUCGUCGGAAGAGUCAGUCAAAAUAAUAGUCAACCGUCACGUCAGAGCACUUCAGAUUGCAUGCGAAUAUCGCUUGCGCUCACUUAACCAUUGAGCGCCGCCCCAUUUCCGGCAGGCAACCAAGAAGGGCGGCCGGCGCAACUUCUCUCGCCAAUUCUAACAAUCGAGCCUGCAACCUGCCUUUCGCAUAGCCAAAAUUUUCUCGCAUAAAAGGCAAUGAACUUUCUGAAGCAGCUACUUGACGGUUGUUUCGUGCUGUGUGGCUUCAGUUUCUUGAUUUUCCUAUAUUUACCACUCAUGUUGGCGAUGCCGGAACAAACGCGUCUGGCAAACGAUUUCGAUUACCGGUUGCAGCGUGCAAAACAUGUGUUGCGGGAGUCGCCACUCAUUGACGGUCACAACGAUUUGGCGUGGAAUAUACGGAAAUUUUUGAAAAAUCGUCUGCAAGAUUUUCCUUUUGCCGGCGAUUUGCGUGAGGUGUUGCCAUGGUCGGCGAGCGCUUGGAGCCACACCGAUUUGCCGCGACUGAAGGAGGGCAUGGUGGCGGCACAGUUCUGGUCGGCAUAUGUGCCCUGCUCCUCACAACAUAUGGAUGCUGUGCAAUUGACGCUGGAACAAAUAGAUUUAAUACGACGUUUGGUAAAUUUGUAUCCAAAUCAAAUGACGUUCGUCACAGAUGCUUCAGGAAUUGAGGAGGUGCAUAGAAGUGGAAAAAUUGCUAGUCUGAUCGGGGUGGAGGGUGGCCAUUCGAUUGGCACCAGUCUCAGCGUUUUGCGAAUGUUCUAUCAGCUUGGCGCGCGCUAUUUGACACUGACACACACCUGCAAUACGCCUUGGGCGGAUUGCUGCAAGGUUGAUGAGCCAGGAAAAUAUCCACAUAUUGGCGGACUCUCGAAAUUCGGUAAGUUGGUGGUGCAUGAAAUGAAUCGACUGGGCAUGAUUGUCGAUCUGUCUCACGUCUCGGUGCCGACAAUGUUGGACGCAUUGAGCGCUUCGAAGGCGCCUGUGAUAUUUUCGCACUCCUCCGCGCACGCCAUAUGCAACAGUUCGCGUAAUGUGCCAGAUCAUGUGCUGCAGAAAAUUGCAGUCAAUGGCGGCUUGGUGAUGGUCGCAUUUUACCCACAUUUUCUUAGUUGUUCGAGUCAGGCGACACUAGAGGAUGUUAUUGGUACGCGAUCGCAUGGAGCAGAAAAAAGUUCCACCUGUCGAUCAAACUAUACCACCCGAAGAUAUAAUGGGAAGAUCCUACUGCCGCUAUCAAGGACCACGAACGUGAUUACUUUCCUAAGAGAGAGAAAGCGAGACAGAGAUUAGUUACAAAUAAGGAGAUUAAGAGAGAGAGAGAGAGAGAGAGAGAGAGAGAGAGAAAAGGAGAAAUUCGCCACAACCAAAAUAGAAUUAAAUGAAUACUUUGUUGUAAUAACUAAGAGUACGAGUAUUAAAACAAACGAAUUUCAUAAAUUCGAUGUAUUUCUUUCGCAGCGCACACAAACUUACAAAAAAAAAAACAAAAAAUUGUACGAACGUUAAAUUACGAAUUAAAAUAAAUAUCUACGAAAUAUGUAUUUAUACGUUUACGAGCGAAAACAAAAAAAAAAAUUGAAAAUGACAAAAAAACUAUUACACAAACAAUUACGUUGAGCACAAAACGCUAUUUGCAAAUAUUUAGUUUUAUAUUAAGCAUAUAAGUAUGUGUAUAAAUAAAAAUUAC